UUUCCUACAUAGACUUAUGUCUUUGUUCAUACUUGUGUAGUCAACUUUAUAAUUUAUUUAUUUAAAAAAAAGUUGAAUUGCAUUGACAUCAAAAAGCAGUAUCAUUGCAAGGAUAAUUCAGAAUUGAAUGGCAUCUAACACCACGAAAGAUGAAGCCUCUUCAUCUUCACCUUCCAUCCUAACAUCAAAAUGGACUAACCAUGUUUUCUUGAGUUUCAGAGGUGAAGACACUCGCCAAGGUUUCACUGACCAUCUUUUUGCUUCACUGGAAAGAAGAGGGAUCAAAACAUUCAAGGAUGAUCAUGAUCUUAAGAGAGGUGAAGUGAUAUCAAUAGAACUAAAUAAAGCAAUUGAAGAGUCUAUGUUUGCUAUCAUCAUUCUCUCACCAAACUAUGCUUCCUCAACAUGGUGUUUGGAUGAGCUACAAAAGAUUGUUGAAUGCAACAAGAGUUUUGGUCAAGCUGUUUUUCCGAUCUUCCACGGCGUAGAUCCCUCUGAUGUCAGGCAUCAGAGAGGAAGCUUUGCUAAAGCUUUUAGAAAACAUGAAGAAAAAUUCAGAAAAGAUAGAAACAAAAUUGAAAGGUGGAUAGAUGCUUUAAGAGAAGUUGCUAGUUAUUCUGGUUGGGACUCCAAGGGCUGGCAUGAGGCAUCAUUGGUGGAAACAAUAGUUGACCAUAUUCAGAAAAAAAUAAUUCCUACAUUGCAGGUUUGCACAGAUAACUUUGUUGGAAUUGAUUCACGAAUAAAGGAAGUAUAUGCACUGCUAGGAAUGAGGUUAAACGACGUUCGCUUCAUAGGCAUAUGGGGCAUGGGCGGCAUAGGAAAGACAACUAUUGCUAGAUUAGUUUAUGAAGAUAUCAGAAAAAAAUUCGAGGUUAGUUGUUUUCUUGCAGACAUUAGAGAAACAGUUUCCAAGACAAGUGAAGUUCACUUUCAAAUGGAACUUGUUUCUCAUCUUAAUAUAAGAAGCAAUGGUUUUUAUAAUGUUCAUGAUGGCAAAAAGAUAUUAGCAAACUCCUUUAGCAACAAAAGGGUUCUCCUUGUUCUUGACGAUGUAAGUGAAUUAAGCCAACUGGAGAAUUUAGCUGGGAAGCAAGAAUGGUUUGGUCCAGGAAGUAGAGUAAUAAUCACAAGUAGAGAUAAGCAUUUGUUAAUGACACAUGGAGUCAAAGAAACUUAUGAGGCUAAAGGGUUAGUAAAAAAUGAAGCUCUUGAGCUCUUUUGUUUGAAAGCCUUUAAACAGAAUGAACCUAAAGAAGAGUAUUUGAGUUUCUGUGAAGAAGUGGUUGAAUAUACAAAAGGUCUUCCAUUAGCACUUGAUGUAUUGGGUUCACAUUUUCAUGGAAGAAGUGUUGAGGUUUGGCGUAGUGCUUUAGAACAAAUAAGAAAUGUUCCUCACUUUAAAAUCCACGAUACGUUGAAAAUAAGCUAUGACAGUUUACAAUCUAUGGAGAAAAAUAUGUUUCUAGAUAUUGCUUGUUUCUUCAAAGGAAUGGAGAUAGAUGAGGUAAUAGAAAUAUUAGAAGAUUGUGGUGACUAUCCUAAAAUUGGAAUUGACAUUUUGAUUGAAAGAUCUUUGGUAACUUAUGAUAGGGGGGGCAGAAAGUUGUGGAUGCAUGAUUUGCUUGAAGAAAUGGGAAGAAAUAUUGUGUUUCAGGAAUCUCCAAAUGAUCCUGGAAAACGUACUAGGUUAUGGUCUAAAAAAGAUAUUGAUCAAGUAUUGACAAAAAAUAAGGGAACUGAUAAAAUUGAAGGCAUAGCUAUGAACUUAGUUCAACCAUAUGAAGCAAGGUGGAACGUUGAAGCCUUUUCCAAACUAAGUCAGCUAAGAUUACUCAAAUUAUGUGAAAUAAAACUUCCCCAGGGCUUCAAUUGCUUCCCUAGUUCACUAAAAGUUCUUGAGUGGAGAGGAUGUCCUUUGAAAACCCUGCCACUUAGUAAUCAUUUGGAUGAAAUUGUUGACCUCAAAUUGCAGCAUAGCAAAAUAGAACAACUUUGGCAUGGAACACAGUUCUUUGAAAAUCUAAAGUCCAUCAAUUUGAGCUUUUCGGAGUCUCUAAAGCAAUCGCCGGACGUUGCUGGUGUUCCAAAUCUUGAACUAUUGGUCCUUGAAAGCUGUACAAACUUAACUGAGAUUCAUCCCUCCCUUUUAAGCCACAAGAAACUCAUUCUAUUGAAUUUGAAAGACUGCAAAAGGCUGAAAGCUCUUCCAUGCAAAAUAGAGAUGAGUUCCUUGAAGGUUUUAUGUCUUUCCGGUUGCAGUGAGUUUGAACAUCUUCCAGAGUUUGAGGAAAACAUGGAAAACUUAAAUGUGCUUUCUUUAGACGAGACUUGUAUAAAACAACUACCAUCUUCACUUGGAUUUCUUGUGUCCCUUUUUCUUUUGGAUUUAGAAAAUUGCCAGAGUCUUGUCUCUCUUCCGGAUACAAUAGGUGAAUUGAAAACUCCCGCUAUUCUCAAUGUUAUUGGCUGCACAGAACUCCGUAGUUUUCCAGAAGAUUUUGUAGGUUUUCUAAGGGAGGGAAGGAUUUUGUUCUCAUUUGGUUAUUGGGAAAAUGAGACAACUUAUUAAUUGUAUAUGUUUUUCAUUCCUAGUUUGGACUAAGAAAUUAGACUCGUAAUAAUAGUUGUAAAUGCUCAUACUUAUUAGCUUAUUCUCAUCCAUAAAUUCUCACAAGUUUAAGUUUUCCA